AUGAUGCCCAAGGCGACUUCAGGCGGCUGGAGACCCUGUGGCGACUAUCGAGCCCUCAACAGCGCCUUCUUUCCUGAUCGGUACCCCGUGCCUCAUCUUCAGGACUUCGCUGGAGCCCUUUUCGGCAAAGCAGUUUUCUCGAAGAUUGAUCUGGUGCGUGCUUUUCAUCAGAUUCCAGUCGCCUCUGAGGACAUCCAUAAAACCGCCAUCACCACACCCUUCGGUCUCUUUGAUUUCGUCCGCAUGCCAUUCAGUUGUCGUAAUGCCGACCAUGUCUUACGUGGCCUACCCUUUGUGUACGCCUACAUUUAUGACCUCUUGGUUGCCAGCCGAAAUGAAGAAGAACACAAAGAGCAACUUGCCUUGGUGUUUGACCGCCUUGACAAGUUUGGCGUUGUCAUCAACCCCUCCAAGUGCGUGUUGGGUGUGCCUUCAAUCGAGUUCGUCGGCUACCAGGUCGACUCUGAAGGUUUGCGCUCCCUCCACUCCAAGGUUGAAGCAGUUCGUAAUUUCCCUCCACCAACUUCCAAGCGUCAGUUACAGCGAUUCCUCGGCAUCGUCAAUUUUUACCGCCGGUUCCUACCGAACUGUGCUGACCUCAUGUUGCCACUCACCAACAUGCUUUCUGGUCCCAAAGGUCCCCUCGAGCUGACUGAUGAAGCCCUGACUGCUGUUGAGAGAAUCAGGAAUUCCCUCGCCGAUAUCCCCUUACUCACGCAUCCCGCUCCCGAAGCUCAGCUGUCUCUGAUAGUAGAUGCUUCGAACGUAGCCGUAGGUGCAGUCCUUCAACAACACCUUGCUGGUUCGACUCGACCACUUGCCUUUUUCUCCCCAAAGUUCUUACCAGCUGAGACACGCUACGGUACCUUUGGCCGUGAACUACUUGCCAUUCACCUGACUGUGAAGCAUUUCCGGCAUUACCUGGAAGAUCGGGACUUCACUGUUUUCACUGACCACAAACCGUUGACUUUUGCACCUCGGUCCCACUCCGACAAGUAUAAUCCGAGGGAAAUCGCCCACCUGGACUACAUCUCCCAAUUCACUCCCGGCACCCGUCACAUUGAUGGCACGAAGAAUGAGAUGGCUGAUUUGCUGUCCAAACCCUCACUGUCUUCCCUCCAACUGUCACACGGGAUCGAUCUAUGCGCCAUGGCGGCUGAGAAACAGCGAGUUUGUUGUCCUGGUGACGAGUGUGUCAGUGGUCUCCAACUCAGAGACGUUCCUCUGACCGCCGGCUCUAGUACCAUACUUUGUGACGUCUCAACUCCCUUUCAUCACCCUUUCGUGCCUGCCUCGAUGCGUCGAGCUGUAUUUCAGACUUUGCAUGGACCCUCCCACCCUGGGAUCCGAGUUGCUCAAAAGCUCCUCGCGGUUUGUCUAGUAAUAAUUAUCAUUAUUAUUUUUAUUAAAGACCCGUCGGGUUCCCAUCAAAACAAGUAAACAUAAAUUUUCAUGUGAAUUUUAGACGAGGUAGGCUAAAUCUGUACAAAGUGCUAUACAUAGUUUUUGAAUUAGAAGUCCGUUACGAAAAAUGAUAAGCGAGGGGUUAAAAAAAAACUCCACAUGAACAAGGACGUCAAAGCUUGGGCCCGGUCGUGUCUGAGCUGCCAGCGCAACAAGGUGCUGCGUCACAACAAGUCCACACCAGGCACUUUCUCAGUCCCGACGCACGGUUCAGCAAUGCGCACCUGGAUGUCGUAGGCCCCUUGCCUCCAUCCAGUGGUUUCACCCACCUCCAUAACUGAGUCGAUCGAUAUACCCACUGGGCUGAAGCUAUUCCUUUGCCGAAUGUUCAGGCUGAAACCAUCGUGAAGGCCUUCGUCAGUCGUUGGGUCGCCAUGUUCGGUACCCCAUCCACGGUUACGACUGAUCGUGGUGCCCAUUUUGAGUCGGCACUCUUCCAAACGCUACUCAGUUUCCUUGGCUGCACGCGCAUUCGGACAACAGCUUACUACCCAGCUGCCAACGGUAUGUUUGAGCGCUUCCAUCGCCAGCUAAAGACUGCCCUGUGUGUCGUAGAAGACCCAGGAAACUGGCCGGACAACCUUCCUCUUGCACUCCUCGGCAUUCGCGUAGCUCUGAAGUCGGAUCUGGCUGUAGUGCAGCUGAAAUGGUUUUUGGGCACUACCCUCCGACUGCCAGGCGAGAUGAUCACCUUAACCUCUCGUGGGGCCUACGAGACUCAUGACAACCUUGUGCACCGUUUGCGGCAAUUUAUGCACUCGCUUUCCCCGGUUCCACCUCGAGCUCCAAUGACUGAGUCUUAAGUCGAAAAAGACUUGGACAAGUGUACUCAUGUGUUCGUCAGUCGCUGGAAUCACCAUACGAAGGACCGUUCCGCGUGCUCGCGCGCAACGCAAAGACCUGUCGGAUUCUUCGCGGUGACAAGGAGGACGUGGUCAGUGUCGAUCGGGUCAAGGCUGCUGUUGCAGAGGAGCCGCCGGACCUGUCACAAGGACAAAAUUGUGCUGACCUCCUAACCCCUGUUCGUCCAUCUUCCCUAUCCCCUGCUAAUUCACCCUGCCCACUGCCUCUCCCUUCUUCCCCCUUGCCCUCUAUCCCUCCGUCCCGCAUACUUCCUCUCCGUACUUAUCUACAGCAUCCAGCUGCAAAAUCAUCCUCCACCAUAGCACGCAGUCAGCCCUCUUAG